AUGGUCGUGGAUUCUGAGCUUCUCACUCGUGGAAUGCUUUACUUAUCCCUCACUGUGGUGGGUGUUCCGGGCAACGGUGUUGUGAUUUGGGCCUUCCUGCUAAUGGCUCACCACGAGCGUCGUCUUCUCCCCGCUGAUCGCAUUGUGCUGCAUUUGGCCUCUGUCAACCUGCUGAUGUUGUCUGUGCGCUGUCUGCUGGAAACCUUGGCUACUUUCCAGAUCGCCAAUGUCUUUGACGACACCGGAUGCAAAGCAGUCAUCUUCAUCUAUCGUACUUCCCGUUCCUUAUCCAUCUGGUUGACCUUUGUGCUUAGCGCCUACCAGUGCCUUAGCGUCGCCCCUCCUGGGUCCCGCUGGGCAACCGCCCGUGCCUUUUUUGCCCAGUAUUUGGGGGUCAUCUUCCUGGCGCUGUGGCUCAUAAACACCUCCAUGAGCUCAGCGGCUAUAGCCUUCUCCCUGGGUUCGAAAAACAACUCUCUUUUAAUGCAGCACGGCAUCAACGUGGAGUUCUGCUUUGUGCGAUUCCCGUCCAAGCUGUCGCGGGACGCGAACGGGGCAGCUCAAGUUGGCCGGGACGUGGUCCCCAUGGCGCUGAUGACCGCGGCCAGCCUCAUCAUUCUGGUCUUCCUCUACCACCACAGUCGGCAGGUGAAAGGCUUGCGCAGCGGGGGAGGGCCAGGUGGCGGAAAACAGGGUCCAUCGGCAGAGCGGCGGGCUGCCAUCUCCGUCGUGACUCUGGUGACUCUCUACGUGCUAUUUUAUGGUAUAGACAAUGGGCUUUGGGUGUACACUCUAACCGUGAACCAAACCAUGAGCUCAUCGCUCAUAUCUGACCUCCGUGUCUUUUUCUCUUCACUCUAUGCAGCUGUCAGCCCCAUAGUGAUCGUAGUUUCCAAUAAAAAGGUGAAUAAACAGUUGAAAUGUGGCAUAGAGGAGAAGAGUGUACCAGGGCCAGAUACAGCCAUGUCCACUAUCUGA